UAUAAGAGGUGUGCUGGAACUUUAGAAAGUGAGGGUAGAUACUUAGACAAAAUAUUCAAUGAGACUCCAAGUAGUACUGUUUAGUUAUUUUUAGACACCACCGUUCAAAGACUGUCUUGCUAGAGUAGAGGAAAAAAAUAACAAGCUGCUACCAUGACAAGGUUCAUGGCAUUUGUGAGUAUUAUCACCUGAACUACUCCCUCUUAUGUGGUUUCUAAGCCCACCUCUCUCUCUCCUAUGCAGAAAGCAAAUGCUGAUAAAGAGCAUAAAAUGCUCUCCUCUUCUCCACAGUCAUGUGUGGGGAAAACAGCUCCAGCCUGACCCCGGGAUUCUUUAUCUUGAAUGGGAUUCCUGGGCUGGAAGCUGCACACACCUGGAUCUCCCUGCCAUUCUGCUUCAUGUACGUCAUCGCUGUCGUGGGGAACUGCGGGCUCAUCUACCUAAUCAGCCAUGAGGAUGCCCUGCACCGGCCCAUGUACUACUUCCUGGCCCUGCUCGCCUUCACAGAUGUCACCCUGUGCACCACCACUGUACCCAAUAUGCUGUGCAUAUUCUGGUUCAACCUCAAGGAGAUUGACUUUGAUGCCUGCCUGGCUCAGAUGUUUUUCGUCCACAUGCUGACUGGGAUGGAGUCUGGGGUGCUCAUGCUCAUGGCCCUGGACCGCUAUGUGGCCAUCUGCUACCCCUUACGUUAUUCCAUCAUCCUCACCAACCCUGUCAUCGCCAAGACCGGUCUUGCCACCUUCCUGAGGGGUGUGCUGCUCAUUAUCCCAUUCACUUUCCUCACCAAGCGUCUGCCCUAUUGCCGGGGCAACUUCAUUCCCCAUACCUACUGUGAUCAUAUGUCUGUGGCCAAGGUGUCCUGUGGCAAUUUCAAGGUCAAUGCUGUCUAUGGUCUGAUGGUUGCUCUCCUUAUUGGUGUGUUUGACAUCUGCUGUAUUUCUGUGUCUUACACUAUGAUAUUGAGAGCAGUAGUUAGCCUGUCAUCUGCAGAUGCUCGUCACAAAGCCUUUAGCACCUGUACAUCCCACAUAUGUGCCAUUGUGAUCACUUAUGUUCCAGCUUUUUUCACUUUUUUUUCCCACCGUUUUGGAGGACACAAUAUCCCCCACCACAUUCACAUCAUUGUAGCCAACCUUUACCUGCUCCUACCUCCUACAAUGAAUCCUAUUGUUUAUGGAGUCAAGACCAAGCAGAUCCGAGAAGGUGUGUUCAAGUUUUUACUUGGAGACAAGGUUGUCUUUACUCAAGACAAAUGA